AUGGCAAUCAAGAGGUCAAUGAAGGUCAAAUGGGUGGCGACCGUCGGCAUUUGUGUUGCAGUUUACGCCAUGUACGUUGAAUACAAGCUGCAAGAUCCUUUUUAUCAACCUGCCUGCAGCGCUUCGUGGACCGGAGGUGACUGUGCCACAGUCUUCAAGAGUGCGUACGGUCAUAUCCUAAGCCAUUGGGGAAUUGUUUCGAAAGGAUCUGCUCUAGAUCUUUCCCUCCCAGUCUUGGGGCUGGUGCUUUACACCAGCUAUUGGUGGGCAAUCUCAAUUCCCCCUUUUCCAUUUCGAGAGGAGCUGUUCCUUGGCGCAGCAACAGGAGGUGCAUGUUUUUCUGUCUACUUGCUGUACGUCAUAAAAGUCAUCCUGCAGGAGUUCUGCAUUGUAUGUUUCAGUUUCCACUGUUGCAACUUUGCCAUGCUGGUGCUCGCAAUUCUGGAAUACCGGGCGCCGGAGAUCAAGCGGAUUACUGACUAG